GUUAUAGUAGGCCUAUAAUACAAACCUCAAAACCCACCAAUAACCAAAGACAACAUGUUUCGAAAUCUUGCCACUUCCUGGUCGUUUUUUUUUCUGUUCUUACUGAUAGAAUAUGUAAUCUAAGGAAAUGGCUGGAGAGCAAGAAACCAAGAACAAGGUGGAUUAUUACCAAGGCUGGUUGGAGCACAGGGCAGGGGGAUCGGGAGGAAGCAAAGAGAAAUACAACUACCUCUAUAUUGUUCUUCGAAAAAGAAAAUUACACAUCUACCCGAGGAGCGAAAUAAAUUCAACAAAUCCGAUUGGGAGCUUGUCUCUUGAUCGCUUCACCACAGUUAAGAGGAAGGAUAAAGGCGGCUACAAGAUAGAGCUGAGUACAGUCAGUACACAGCCUGCAGAUGGAACACCCGUCACAUUCAAACACAACACUUUUAAGUCAACUUCAAAAGCUGAUCGAGACCUUUGGUAUGCAUUCUUAGCUGCCUUUUCUCAGGGGACAGUCCCAGGUAAUGUGACCCUACAUCCCUCAGAUAAGAUAAUGAUUGAAGAAGCACUGCAGGACUGCAUUCGACCUGAUAACCUACCACCACCAGGCAUACCCGGGUUCGAAGCCCCGCCGCCACCACGGAUAUUCCAGCGAGCCAACACGGAGUCUGACAUCUGGACAAACCCACCUUUGCACCCGAAGACCGAUAUACACUCCCCGAUUGACUUGCCAGAUUGUUCCCCACCUCCUGCACCUGGUGAGGGAACGCCUAAAAUGAGACUAAGAAAAACAUCGACACAAUCCGAGAUUCUGUUCAACCGCCCCUUACCAUCCGUCCCAAGGUGUUCGAGCCAGCAGUUCUCUGGCAUAUCAUCCGGGUCGGAUGACUCUAGCAGGCGGUCCAGCACAGGGACAACAUCGCACAAUGAACCCGACCGUACGGAUGGUCCAUUCAUGUUCCACAGGUUUUACACGAAUAAAGGGAACUGCCAUAAUGUACCAUCCUGGUUCUUCGAAAACUGUACCCGAGAUAGCGCUGAAAUGAUACUGACGUUGGGCAAGAGAUAUGGUAAUACCAUGAUGAGAGAAAGCACCACCUAUCGGCAAAGUGGCAGUUACGUCAUCGACACCAGGGAGGAGACACAAAGGGGCAGCAGUAUUCGACAUUUCGAAAUCAUAAGAGUGGCUGAGGGCUUCAAGAUUGACCUAAUAGAUAUUAAGCAUGAACCGAUGGCCUGUCUGACGGAAGUCAUGAAUUUCUUUACACAAUCCCGCGGCGCGGGUUCUGACUCCCGGCCGAUGUCAACGAAUGACAGAAGUUUGAUCGGUCUGCCGGAAGUCGAAUAUGACAGAGUCUUAAAUCCAUAUCAAGCUUCCUCCCCAACAGCCAGAUCUCCUCCUGAUGAGGAAGAUAUCUACACUCUUCCUGACAACUUACGGCAGGGUGAGGGUGCCGAAGACUCCGACCAAACUGGUGAAAAAUAUUACAUGGAAAUGGGCGCGUUGACCAAAAGUCUUAGCAAGAGUGCAUCAAUCCCGCGGCAGAGGCCAAGCCCGAACCAUCAACCACCACAUCAAAUGGGCAACCCUUGACAACCAUAGACGACCAAGGAAGCACGGCGAUCAGUUUGGAUAAACCGAAACUAUAGGUUCACCAUAAACGGAGACUGAGAUGCCUGUUUCAGGCCAGAACAUCUGCCCAUGAUCCCUGAUACUUUGGGAAACGGACCAGAGAAGUGCGAUCCACGGAAUACACAAACAGUCUUUAUAAAUUCUUCCAGUGACGGACAGCAAUAAUACAUUUUUGUCCCUCAAUGUUUGGACAUUGAUACCGAACUGGAAGUAUUGGUUGUCUCACCAAACAUCUGGGGGAUGGAGCUAAAGUGCAUAGGCAAAAAUCGAUGGGCCUCGCCAAGGUUUCGGGCGAAGUGACAGCUCCACCCGAGCGGUGCUCGGUGCCACAACCAAUACCAGCAGUGAGAUAACAAAUUUAUAUUCUAAAACACCUCAAACCGGCUAAACAUUGACUACUUCGUGAGUGCUUCCAUUUUGUACCAAGCCAAGUGGUUCAUGCGGUUAAUGUUACUUAAGACACUAUACAGAAGGAGAACCAAAAGAAAUUUUAACCAGUUGCUUACCUGUUUUUCGCACAGGCCAUGAUAACUAAUAGGCCGCUAGUAUCUUUAUCAAAUUGUUAUACCUGAGAGUAUAGGUUGUAGGUCUAGUUGUACAUACAUGUAUAAUUCUUGAUACUGUGAGGAAAUGGAAAUAGAUGUGUAUUUUAUUGAUAA